AUGGCCCAGCAGAGCCUGUCGUACGUGCUCGCCGAGCGGCCGAAGGGAGACAUCAUCCCGGGGCAGACCUUCAAAGCAAAGUCUGAAAAGGCACCGACGGCAGAAGACCUGAAGGAUGGACAAAUUCUUGUCGAAACGCUCUACCUCGCCCUGGACCCGGCGAUGCGCGGGUGGCUGAAUGGCAUGUCCAAUGCUUCUGUCAUCGGCGAGGUCAUGCGCGGCGGCGUGUUGGCGCGCGUGCUCGCCUCGCGCUCCUCCAAGGCCAAAGCGGGUGAUUUGGUGUACGCCAUGACCGGCUGGCGCGAGAUCGCGAUCGCUUCGGAGAAGCUCUUCGAGCCGCCUCUUGCGCUGCCCUCCAAUGCCAAGCCUACGGAUCUACUGGGCGUGUUGGGUAUGACAGGCUUGACGGCGUACUUUGGCAUGUUCGACAUCGGCGAGCCGAAGCCCGGCGAGACGGUCGUCGUGUCGGGCGCAGCGGGUGCGACAGGAUCCGUAGCGGGUCAAUUGGCAAAGAUCAUGGGUGCGAGGGUGGUGGGUAUCGCGGGCAGUGAUGAGAAGGUCCAGUGGCUGAAGGAGGAGCUGGGCUUUGAUGAUGCGCUGAACUACAAGGAUCCCGACUUCAAGAAGAAGUUCAAGGAGGCGACGCCGAAGUUCAUUGAUGUAUUCUGGGAUAACGUCGGAGGGGAGCAGCUCAACAUGGCGCUGGGACGGGCUGCCAAGUUUGCCAGGUUCGUCAUGUGUGGAGGCAUCAGUCAGUACAACACGAGAAAGCUUCAAGGACCUCCGAACAUCAUCAAUGUCAUCCCCCAAAGGGUUAAGAUGCAAGGCUUCAUCGUCUUUGAUCACACUGCAGACUUCCCGAAGGCUCGAAAAGAACUCGCCCAGUGGAUGAGUGAGGGCAAGCUGAGGAGACAGGAGACCAUCGUCAAAGGCGGUCUGAGGUCUGCCGAGCAGGCGUUGGUAGACCUGUACAAGGGCGUGAACAAGGGCAAACUACUGGUCGAAGUUAAGAAUCCCGACGAGCGCUCGAAACUAUGA